AUGGCGGACAAAUCCACCGCCCCGGAGACGCGUCGCUCCUUUAGGGCUAUCAAGGGCAAAGCUGGAUCCUCGAGUAGCAGGAGCAGAAGCAACAACAACAACAUCACCACUUCCGUUGCCGCCAACUUUGCGGGAUCCUCUGUCACUGGCCCAACCCCCUCACGGCGAAUGACUGGUCCGUCUGGGACACACCCAACGAUUGCACUCUCAUUGCGACCCGGUUCACCAAAUGCUACAAUGCACUUCUGGCGGGCACUCCAGCCCUUUUGGGAGACCGAGGCCACACCGGAGUCACGCGGCAGGUGGCUGUCGCGAUUCGGGUCAAUGCUAAACCCCGAGUCCUCCAAGCUCCUUUGCAUGGCCACGACCCCCAAGGCUCACGACUUUCUUGCCCUUCCCGACGCCAGACAAGACAACCACAUGGGCGUCUACGCCGUCGUCCUCGUCCCCAAUGAAGGCAGUGACAAGCCCCUCACCGUGACCAUGAACUUCUACCAGUUCUGGAGCCCAUACAAGGACGACUACAGGGACCACUACAAGAGCCUGUCUGCCGUGACCAGGAGCGAAGAGCCCGCCUUCCUCAAAAGCCUGUCGUCGGGACUACUCCUGGCCCUGGAUCCAAUGGUGGUAUUUACCGAGGCUUUCUGGACACAGGCCCUGGACAGUCGCUCUCUCGCCACCGGAUUCAACACUCUGUGGCAAGCCGUCCCGUGGCACCCGCUCAACACGCAGCCGGCCCUCGCCCAGUUAAUCCGUGGCCAAUUCGGACACAUGGACACUGGCCAGCGACAGGCUGGUGUGCGCAAGGCCCAAGCCCGCAAGCGUCUGCAACCCGACAGCGACCGUCCUGUUAAGGGUCCAAGUACGCGUAAAACUGCUAACGAGCGCCGCAAGGCCGAGCGCGCGUCGCAUACCGGCAAGCAGCGGCAGAGACGCCUGGCUGAUGACCGGGAAUACAAGGCCGACUAUGCCGCACGCCGACGUCUCGCCGAGCAACGAAACCCGCCCCUGGAGUCCGCUCGCCUCGCGCAGCUCGACGACCUCCGCUCCCGUCGUCUCGCAGAACUGCGCGCCGUGCGUCUCAACGGCUGA